AUGAGGACGAAGCCGUCAGUGCCUGAACAUGAAGCAUCCGAGUGCUUCCACAGCCGACCGAGCUUGGGAGCCAUUGCAGAAGAUGGUUUAGCCAUACUGGUGUCACAGAAAAUGCCAUGUCAGCCAAAGAAACAGCAGCCAUUCGAGUGUCCAACGUCUUGCCCCCGCCUGGUCUUGUCCGAAGUGAGUCUUUCCAGAAUGUUGACUCAACGGGAUGCCAUGAAGCUGAUCAAGUCGACGGCAGAAGCAGUGAUGGAAUCCCUCAGAAUGCUCUUGAUCAUCUUGAUGAACCAGAUCGAGGUGAAAGCCCCCGACCAGGAGAUCACCGUGCAGCAUGCGACCUCCCUCCAAUCUCUCUUGGCCAACGUGAAUGCCCAGAAGGAUCGGAUCGAGGAACUCUCCCAGAUCCUCAAGGAAAACAGAUCCCCAAAGAGGACUUCAAGUCGCGCUGGGCCAAGUCCUUCGGAGAUUGGAGUCCUAUCGGACCAUUCAUGGGAGCUGGAAGAGGAGGGAGGAGGAAAUCAGGGCUGCAACAAGGACUCCACCAAAGAAGAGCCAGCCGAGAUCUCAGGGAGCCUCAAGAAUGAGCCACCUGAAUCACAACCUGAUUCCGGAGAACAACCGAGAGGGUCAACUUGCGCUGACUGCUCAGGCUUUGGAGUCAUGGGGCAACAAGAGAGUAUCAUGGGGGAAAACACACAAUGGGAGACGAUUCACAGAGGUGUACGAAGAACACCAAAGCUACGUCGAUUGGGUCAGUGCACGAGCCAAGAACGCGACCCCGGCAAUGCAGGACUUCAUCACCUACUGCCAAGCUCGCAGCGACAUGGAGAAGCAGGCACUGAGAGGCCGUUAGAAAGAUCAGCGAAUCCAGGCCCAUCAAUGCAUCUGGAGAAUGCCUAUGAAUUGCACAUGAUGAACCAAUGUCGCCAUCACAUGCCAAUUCAGGGUCAUAAGCCCAUAGAUCUCCUAGAAGUGUAUGCCAGCAGUAGUAGCCGAUUAACGAAUGAAGUCAAUAAGAGGGGUGGGGUAGCCAAGAGAUUCACCUUUGAAGAUGGGGAUCUAAGUACCACUGAAGGACAGAUCAAGCUGUUUCGAAAGAUCUUCCUGUGGAAGCCACGACACAUAUGGCUAGCUCCAGAGUGCGGCCCUUGGAGCCCUUGGAACCGAUUGAACCAGACGAAAAGCAUGGAAUCCUACAGCCGCAUCCGUGAAAGCCAAGCUACAUCCAAAGAUCAGCUUUAUAUGUGUGACCUGAUUUGCAAGAUACAGUUGGAUCGGGGUGAUCAUUUUCACCUUGAAAACCCCAAACCUUCCGGAAUGUGGCAACAGGAAGAAAUGCAAGAAAUAUGCGGUCGUACCAAGCCAGCCUUCUUCGAUCAGUGUCAGUUCGGUUUAAGGCAUCCAUCUUUGCAAGAACCGAUGCAAAAGAGCACCCGUGUACAAACCUCAUCCGAGGAAAUGUUUAGAAGCCUGGAUAACCGACUGUGCUCCAGAGAUCAUGCCCAUGCACAUGUAGCUGGAUCAUGUACCGUUGAUGGAAAAACUGUACAGGUGUCCCGUUUCUCAGCGUUCUAUCCCAGAGUUCUUGCAAAGAAGAUUGCCGAAGUGAUCAUGCGACCAGUGCAUGAACAUGUAACCGUCCCGACCAUGGUCGUCCAGCAAGAAUGCUUUCCCGUCCGAAAGCUGGAAGAAUCCGGAAGUCCAAUGGAGAGCAUGGCAAAACGUUCCAGAGUCAAAGAGAACGAAACCGGCAAGAAGUCAAGCCGUAAAAGAACUCACGAAGAAGAACCACCUAAGAAAAUCGAGGACAUAAGAUGGAAAGGGGUAAUGGAUAAAUAUCGAAAGGAACUACCUAAAUCUGGGGUAACUAAAUGGGAUGGUCCUCAUAAUGCCGAAGUACAAGUUCUUCAAAGCCUAUGCCCUGAAAUGCAAGUCCAGUCAGUAAUGGCAUGCAAGGGUCGAGAGAAAUACAUGGUCCACCCAGAUCGUUUGCCUCACCGAAGAACGGUAGUUCUGAGCCGAUUGUCAUACGAAGUGUUUGACCUUGGAACUGAAGAUCUGCAGUCCAUGCCCAACAGUCAUCAGAAAAGGAAAGCAUCCAUGCCUUCACAUGUCAUGGUAUGUGUUUUUGGUAGACAGAAAGAGUCCUCAGAGGUCCAAGUUGUAGGAGACGCCAUAAUGGAAGACCCUGGAACACCGCCUGGGACGAAUCAUAUGCCAGUCCCAACAAGUGACUCCACCAGAAGAGUCGGUGAGCCGAAUGCUGAGAACCCUGAAGUUUCAGCACCUGACCUUUCGAGUGUCAUGCCCGCCAACUCAUGGACGUCCGCUGCAGUGUCGGUGUCUGGUCCAAGAUUUCUCCAAUUGUCUGAACCCAGAAAAGCAUAUAUCAGAAAGUUGCAUCACAAUCUUGGUCACCCGACAUCAGAGCGUUUAUCCAAACACCUGGCAGAACUCGGAGCAGAAGAGCUGCUGGUCCAAGGUGCCUUGGAUUACCUAUGUCCCUCAUGUGUGGAAAGACGGCCACCAAGCUUGAACCCAACCGGAACCCUCAAAGAAGCUAGAGAUUUCAACCACCGAAUUUACAUUGAUGGUUUUGAUUGGAAAAGCACUACAGGGUAUCAAGGAUAUGUUGUUCACUUGAUUGAUGAAGCCACGCAAUUUCACUUGGGGAGACGCACAGUUCGUGAUGGGAUCCAAGCGCAAAAAGUAUUUGAAGAAUGUUGGAGCAGCUGGGCAGGAAUACCAAGCGAGCUAGUCAUGGAUUGCGGAGGUGAAUUUGUUGCCGAACCAUGGAAAGAAUUCCUCCAGCAAGGGAAUAUCACCCCAAUACUCACUGCAGGGCCAUGGCAGAGAGGUAGAAUUGAAAGACAUGGAGCAAUUGUCAAAGAGAUGUUGUCCAGAAUAGAUCAAGCUCAACCGAUAAACAAUGAAGGAGAAUUUGAAAGAGCAUUGUUUCAAGUCUUUCGAGCCAAGAAUAGCCUUUCUACAACAUGUGGCUACAGUCCUGAGCAAGCAGUCCUAGGAAAGGCAACAAGACUCCCCGCAUCGUUGACCAGUGAUGAAAGCACUCCGGCACACAUGCAUGCAGCCUUCAAUGAAGGACCUGAGGCAGAAAAGUUCCGUGCGUCGCUGGAACUCAGAGUGUUGGCCCGAAAAGCCUUCAUUGACAGUGACAACAGUCAAGCCAUCCGCCGAGCUACCCUGAGGAAGGAUAACCUCCGUCCGGUCAGCCUUAGAGAGUUUGAGCGACAUGCGUCUUUCAGCCAACAAAUCGAUGCACAGCAGGCCCAAAAGUUGGCUGAGAAUUUGCAAAGGAGACUCCAUGAAAGAAGUGGAAUGUUCCAAUUCUCAGACCUAAGUGAUGUCCCAGUUGAAGCACCCAUGGAAGAGGACCACCCACUAGGAAAUCAACCUGAAGAAGAACCUUCUAGAAGAGCCUCACAUGAACCUGUGCCCGAAGCUCGAGAAUUGCGUCCUGAAGAAGUGGCCAUCCCAGAAAGUGUAGACCAUGAAUGGAGCGAGCCAAGUGAUGUGUCACCAAGUAGCUUUGCACCCGAGCCUAACGGGGAGAAUAAUGUUACGGGGAGUAACUUUGGGGAGAACCUAAGUGGGAAUGAGAGCAUUGAAGACAGUAACAUAGUCUAUAAUGCCUUCUUUUCGGAGUCCAAUGUUCCCGGACCUGCCAUCCCUAGCGACGAAGACACGCUAUGGGAUGAUGCUCAAGAGGAUCCUCGACCAUACUGUGAGUAUGAGUUUGAUGUCCCCAAGCAGCACGUCCAAAGGUUCAUAAAAGAUCCCAAAAUGAACACCUCCUUUUUGGCCACUGCAGCCAGGCGUGCACGUUCCGAAGUCCGAUAUGCCACAUUGAAUGCAUCCGAGAGAGAUCUCUUUGACAAAGCCAAAUCUAAGGAACUCAACUGUUGGUUGGAAACCAGUGCUGUCAGGAAAAUCAUGAGAUCCAAAAUUUCCCCCAACCGCAUCAUGACGAGUCGAUGGAUUUUAACAUGGAAACCUGACCCGUCCAUGCCCAAGGGUCAGAAGGCCAAAGCCAGACUUGUUGUACGGGGAUAUCAAGACCCCGAACUUGAUCAGGUAAGUACAGAAUCCCCGACUUUGUCCAGAGAUGCUCGAAUGCUGUGUUUGCAGGUGAUCUCAUCGAUGGGUUGGGUAGUCCAAAACUUCGAUAUAACCACGGCCUUUCUCCGUGGGAAAUCAGAUGGAAGGCAAUUGGCCAUGGAACCCGUUCCAGAACUUCAGAGACUUCUCAAAAUGACAAGUGACGAGGUCCUGUUGCUAGAGGGUAACGCAUAUGGCAGAGUUGAUGCACCACUGCUCUUUUACAAGGAGUUUAGACGUCCACUAGAGAAAGUAGGAUUUGAAGCUCAUCCACUUGACAAUUGCCUGUUCUUGUUGCGAAACAAAACCAAUCCCGAAGUUCUGGAUGGAAUCUUAGGAACUCAUGUUGAUGAUGGCAUAGGAGGAGGGAAUCACCACUAUGAGAAUGCCUUGAAAGAGUUGCAAAAAGCGACAGUGUCAACUCUCCUGGACGCCAACCGAGUGCUGAUUGAAGCCCAGCAGACGGCUGAUACGGCCAUAAUGGUGAGACCUCUGCCUUUGGAGCGAAUCACCUUUGCAAGUUUCGGCGAUGCAAGUUUUGCCAGUGCUGCAUGGGAAACCAGAGACUUCGCCAUCGCCACUGCGCAUGGCUCAAGGCACGUGAGGUGCAAAAGCGAGGACGCGGCUGCUGUGGGCAGCACAGGUAUCGAGAAGUGUAACAAGUUCAUAAGGGCCCAGGGGGUCACGGUGAAGAGCCCUUUUAAGGGGAGAUUUUCCUUUUGGGGUAGGAACCCCAAAUCCAAGAAACUGGUUGGUACCGGUUUCCCUACCUUUGUGGACUCUUACCCGGGGAGCCACAUGUAUGUAUGUAUGUAUGUAUGUAUGUACGUAUGUAUGUAUGUAUGUGUGCGUUAUAGUAUAUAUUAUACAUAUCAUAUAUAUCAUAUAUAUCUAUAUAAUAUUUCAAUGAUUUCGUUCUGA